AUGACUCAUGCGCAAGAAGCAAGUGGUGUUCGACGUGUUAUUGGGGGAAAUCAUCAGUCCAGUGCAACGAAAACGAUAUGGAAACUGUACGACGAAUCACAGGAUAGAUGUCAAACUGUGGUCGAACAAACUGAAGAGAGGAAAUCGGAAAAAUCAUUUUUACAAAUGUUUGGUGAGAAAAGGCCCAUGUACUUUCUACGAGCACAUGAGACUAUGUGGGCAGGACUGCGAAAUCAGCUGCAUAUCGGCAAACAGUGUUAUCCGCCGGAAGCGACGAACGUAUUUUCUUGGGCGAAAUUCCGUAAUCGCUACAACCGCUUUGAUGUCAUUCUGUUUGUCCUAUGUUGUUUCUCGUUGUCAUAUAUUUCACCUGGGGUGAUUACGAAUAAAGAAUCUCGCUUGUGGAGAGACUAUUCUGGACCAGAUACGUUCUUUGCGGAUAUUUUCUGCCAAGUUGAAGUUGUUCUCGUGCCCAGUUCUUAA